ACAAACAAAAAAAAUUUAACAAAAUUCAUAAAAUCUCAAAAUGCCAGUCAUCGCAAGUAGAGAAGCUGGUCAAAUAUCAUCAGAUGGAAUUGGACUAAUCAUUCCUCCACCUGAACUAAGAAAUAUUGUUGAUAAAACUGCUAGUUUUGUGUCUCGAAAUGGAAAGACUUUUGAGAAGAAGAUCCUGGAAAAGGAAGAGAAUAAUAAAAAGUUCAAUUUCCUUAAACCUGAUGAUGUUUAUAAUAAAUAUUACUUAAAGAAAAUUAAGGAUUUUAGCGAUAAUAAAAGUUUAUUUCCAAACCAGGAAAUUGCUAAAAAGCAGCAGGAAAUACUUAAAAAACUUACAGUAGAGGAAUUUAAGCCUAACAAGCCUCCAAGGAAGUUUGAAUUCAUCGCUGAUCCACCUUCAUUAUCUCCAUUGGAUCUUAAUAUUGUGAAACUUACAGCACAAUUUGUAGCUAGAAAUGGAAAGCAAUUCUUAACUAAUUUGAUGAAUAGAGAACAGAAGAAUCCAGAAUUUGAUUUUCUUCGUCCACAGCAUAUUCUGUUUCCAUACUUUGCCAGAAUGAUUGAGCAAUAUACAAAAAUUUUGAUUCCACCAAAAGAUGUACUUAAGGAUAUUAAAGCUGAACUUUCUAAAGAAGGAAUUGACAAGGUUCUUAAUGAAGUCAAAUAUCGAGCAAAAUACAUCCAACAUGAAGAAAAGCAAGUACAAAUUGAAAUUGAUAGAAUCGAAAAGGAACGUAUUGCAUACAACAGCGUCGAUUGGCAUGACUUUUAUGUUGUUGAGGAAGUAGACUAUGAAUUUGGUGAAAGAGGUAAUUUUCCAAAACCAAUAACACCUGAAACACUUGGUUGUCGUCUAAUAACAGAUUUAAGGAAUGAAGAAACUGAAGUUUUUGAUGAUGUUGAUAUGGAAAUAGAACCUGAAAUUGAAAUGGACAUAUUAGAGGAUAUAAGAACUAUUAAAUUGCCAGAAUUAACUGAAAAGACUAAGCAAGUUAAUAUUAGCGAUUUCUCGUCAGAAAAUGUCACAAUUAAAAAAUACGAUCCAAAAUCUAUCAAGAAACCGUUUGUUGCUUCAAAAAAGGAAGAAUAUCUCAUUUCACCAUUAACUGGAGAGAAAAUUCUUGCAUCAAAACUAUCUGAGCAUAUGCGUAUUGGUCUACUUGAUCCUCGUUGGAUAGAACAGCGCGACAAGUUUAUGGAAAAAACUCAGGAACCGUCCGUUUAUGGAUCUGGAGAAACAGUAAUUGAUAAUUUGAAGCACCUCGCUGAGCGUCGAACUGAUAUUUUUGGAGAAGGUGAUAAGGAGACUGUAAUUGGCAAGAAAAUUGGAGAAGAAGAAAAGAAAGAGAAUCCAGUUAUUUGGGAUGGUCAUAUGAUAAGUGUUGAAUCAACAGCACGAGCCAUGAACAAAAAUAAUUCAUUAAACAAUUCUGUGCAACCAAAGCAUGUACAAUCUAAUCAAUUCAUGCCUUCAAAUCAUGUCAUGCAAUCAAACUAUGUCAAUGAAGUUCCUCGUCCAAAAAAUACAAUGCACAAUAAUGAAUUUAAAGUGCCCUUACCUCCCCCACCUCAAAGAUAUCCAAAUUAUCAAAUGAAUAUUCGUCAUAGACCACCUAUGCCUGUUCCUCCGCCUCUAAUGAUGAUGAAUCAGCCUCAAAGAUAUCCAAUUCAGCCACAUCCAUUCUUUCAAACACCUUUCCCGCCGACACCACCUAUAAGUAUGAUGUUUGAUCCUCCAUUUGAUAUUCCUGAAGAAGAACAUCCAGCUAAAAAGGCUUGUACUGAGAGUAAAUUGAUUCCAGAAGACAAAUUUAUCAAAAUGUUCAUGAGUCCAAUAAAUAUUCAAGUUCAAGUUCCAAAUGUUGAGAAAUCAGAAUGGAAAUUAAAUGGACAACAGUUGUCGAUUGAUAUCGAUUUGAAAGACACGAUUGUAUUGCUCAAACAAAAGAUUCAGGAACAGACUGACAUGCCGCCAAGCAAGCAGAAAAUCUCAUUUAAUGGAACGUUCCUGAAAGAUAAUUUUUCUGCUGCUUACUAUAAUAUACUGAACAACUCGACAGUUAAUCUACAAAUUAAGGAACGAGGAGGAAGAAAAAAAUAAUUUCCAACUCUGUGGCUCUCGAUUUUUUGAUGAGAGCGAGCAUUUAUGUCUCAUAAGACAUUUGAGAUAAUGAAUGAAAGCAGAUAUACGCAGAUAGUAAAUGAAUAAUCAAAACAAACAAUAAAUAAGAAAUAAAAGAAGCGUUUCUUCGUCUUUUAUGAUCGAUAUAGUUGUAAAAAAUUUUAUUCAUCUUUUUUUAGUCGCACCCAAAUAAACAAAACAUAGAGAAAUGCAAGUGAUUAAAAUGAUGGAUAUUGUAUGUAAAUAAAGGUCGUAUUGAUCAGGUUGUCUGGGAUUAUAGAGCAUUUAGUUUAUAUGGGAAAUAAGAAAGUAAGCUAGAACAUUUGACCAACAGCGACAGUUAAUUUUCAGAUACAACUUGACAAACUUUGUCAUUUUCCAUAUACUGCCUCUUAGUCAUCCAAUAUAUUUGAUCAAUACAAGCUUUAAUUCCACUUAAUUAUUCCAUCGUGUCCCCUCUUGAAUAAGAGUAAUAAAAAAAAAUAAUUAAGACAUAAAAUAAAGACAAAAAUGCAGUUUCGAAGAAGCAACACAAAAAACAAAAGGAAAAGAGAAAAUAAAAUUAAUUAAACUUAUGAAACCGAGGCUGAAGUUGAUAAAAGAAUCCAAUUUCCAUUCAGUAAAGUUGAUUUUUGGCACACUUUUGCAUCUACUCAUCAUUGUGACAUUGAAAUACUGAUAAAGGAUGAUUAUUUUGAGAUUAGUCACUAAGUAGCUUAUUUUUUUUUUUUUUUGUUUCGUUUAAUCAGUUUUGGUUCACCAUGAAAUUUCUGCCACAUAAAGCGAUUCACCCUCAAUCUUCAGGCUUCAUAAUAUAAAAAAAUUAAAAGUAGAAUAUCGUCGUGUCUUAUAAAUUAUGAAUGGUUAACUAUUUCUCAUAUUCGAAUAUCUUUCCUUGAGCGCCCGUGAUAAUAACAUCAAUCCAUAUAGAGCAGGCUUGCGUAGACGGUGCUUGCAGUGUAAAUGUUCGAGUUUUGGUCUUUACAAUAAAAGUACGUUUCAAGGUGAUUGAAUGAUCAAAAUAGACGUCACUAAUGGCAUUAAAAUAUGCACCUCCUCGUGGCUUCUUUUCGCCUUUAUCACUGUAAUAAACAAACAUUUGCUUCUCUCGAUCAAACACAAACCAUCGUGUAUUGGCUCUUAAAUUCGAAAAUAAUGGCUUUGAACCGACUUUGUUUAAAUAUCC